UUAGUUUUAACAAACAUGGAAGCAAACAACGUCAAUCGGGCACCCGUGGACGCACGCCCUCCAAGCUCUGGUGGAUCGGACGCCGUCGGCUCUUCACAGCCACCGCCGGUUCGUCCACUAAUCCGAGUCGACUCACGAACAGGUUUAACACCACCAUCUUUGAGACAACCUGCGCCAUCGCAAGUGCAACCUAGACCACAAUUUGUACCUGGAGGACCUGUGACAGGUCCGCAAGCAUUCAGGGCCGGCGCUCCAAUACUUAGAGGUCCAGCGCCAACUGGAACACCACAACAGAUUAGAUCGGUCCCACCACCACUUCGUCCAUUUGGUCCGCAAUCUGUUGCACCGCAGCAGGGACCUAGACCACAAUCACCAACUAUUAGAGCGCCUCCUCCGAACAGUUUACAGUUCGGUCCGAGGCAGCCUACAGCUGCAAGUGCGCUUACACCAGACGGUUUUCGACCACAAGUAGGACAGACCAACGGGGCGUAUAAAAACGGGGUACAACUGGCUUCUGAUCAAUUUUCAAGACAGCCUUCACAAGGCUCUUUAAAAGGACUUGACGCAAAUUAUCAAAACAAACCAGCCAACCUGGAGAACCCAAGUGAAAUUAAAAAUGAGAAUCAAAAUGGCAGCAAAGCUGAAAACGGCUUCGAAGCGCCGGGAAUGGCGAAAGGAAGAAGUUAUAGUAUCGCGGCCGCCCCUGGUGCUCCUAGUCCGCUUAAAGCAGAAGACGAUCGGCGAAAAUCUGUUAGCGCCAUAGGUGGCAGGAUUGAAGAGUUUGCAAUUCGUAGUCCAGGUCUUGGAUUAAUACAAGAAGGAAAAACUGACAGUAAAGAUAAUAUUCGCGAAUCUAAAGAAAGCCUCCCAUCUGAAUCCAAUGAAAGUGUUAAAGACGUUCCUGAUCGGCCCGAUUCUCGUUUAUCUGGUUCUAAAAUGACAGAAUCAUUUAUAGGAACGUUACCAAACACAACACCGGCGAAGAAGGUAGAUGAUGAUGACGAUGUUAUAUUGCAAAACAAUCAAGCGAGCGUAAAAAAUGUAUCUGAGCCUCCUAAAAUGCAAGCUAAAGAAGAUUUGUCUGAUCGCUCUCCCUCUUUGACUCGCAGUGAUGAUUCUCCGGAACCAAAACAGAUUACAGUGACUGCUGCAAUCCCCAAUAAGUCUCAAAAUGGAACUCCUGAGCCGCGUCCGAAAACACCUAAAUCUGAAAAUAUAAAAACAGAAAUAAAAUCUGAUGGAAAAUCAGAUGUUAAAAAGGAGGCUAAACUUGCAGUUACACCCAAUAAACCCGUCUCGAAAUCUCCUGUGCCGGAUGCGAAACCAACAACACCGGUCGGUACAAAAAAACCAAAUGAAUUAAACAUGUCUAUAACAACAGAAUCAAAGAAAUCAACUCCUCGCAAAGCUGCUUCUGCACCUAAGGCCCGACCGAAAGAUGGGGAUAACGACAGUGGAGUUGACGAAUCUACACAAGGAAAUGACAUAAACGGUUCCCCUGGAUCGCCAAAUAAAAAGCUUCCAAGCAAGUUGCCCACAAAAGAAAAAUCGAGUAACAGCUUAAAAACUAGUCUCUCCCGAUCAUCGAGCAAGAGUGCAACAGCGAAGACACCAGAAAACCCGCCACCGGCUGAGAAGAAAAAGGUACCAAUGAAUAAAGUUCAAGUUGGAAACGCGCCAUCACCAAAUUUGAAAGCAGUGAAAUCAAAGAUCGGCUCCUUGGAUAACGCUACUUAUAAGCCUGGCGGUGGUAAAGUGAAGAUUGAAAACCGAAAGUUGGAGUUCGGUAACAUAACUCCUAAAAUUGCAGCCAAGAAUGAAGCUUACACCCCUAGUGGUGGUUCUAAAAAGAUAUUAACCACAAAAUUGGAGUGGAAUGCUAAACCGAAGGUGGGAUCUCUACAAAAUGCUGCUUACAAGCCCGGAGGCGGAGAUAAGAAGAUCGAAACUGUCAAACUAGAUUUCAGCGAAAAAGCGAAACCUAAAGUGGGUUCUACAGCGAACAUAACUCACAAGCCAGGCGGGGGAGCUAUUAAGAUUGAAAAUCAAAAAUUGGAAUUCAAAGCACAAAGUAAAGUCGGUUCCCUGGACAAUGUAAAACAUAAACCAGGAGGCGGUGAGAUCAAAAUAUUUGAAGACAAAGAGUACAUCAAGCAGAUGACCGGCCAGUCGCCAGUGCCCACGAGCCGCAGUCAAUCGCGACAGGAGAGUCCAUUGCCGCCUGUAUCGCAGACUCCGAAAUCGGACGAGAAUUUGAAUCAAGAGCAGUGUUAGAGCACACGCUUUACAUUUCCAACAAACAACACUAACUUUUGUAAUCAAAUGUCCAAACCUUUUGUAUAUUUUUAUCUUUGUUACACGUAUUUAAAGUCGAAAUCUGUCUUAUUUGAAUGAUAAAAUAUUUAUGUUUAUACUAUUGAUUAGUUAUGUGAAGGACUGACGCAAUAAUGAUUCGCAUAUCUUCAUGGGCAAUUCUUUAAUCAAUAAUGUCUUGCUAAUUACUGAUUUAAUUAUAAAAAAUUAAGCAUUCAUAAUUUCAUUAGUACAAUCACUAAUUAAUUUCCUUGACAAUUGCACUUUUCUUUGAAUUCUAUCCCGAUGAGCUGUGUAUGAAAAUAGAUAUCAAGUGCCAAUUCCUAUUGUAUUUGCUAGAUACAUAUUAUAACAUUAUGUUAUAUUCUAUACACCAAUGUACACGACUACAGUUAUUACAGUGAUUAUAAUAUUCUAAAAUCCAUGAACCACAGCACCGCACCCUCCAAUAUAACUGAUUUAUAUUUAUACAACUAUACGGAUCGAUUGUAUUUACUAAUGUAAUAAGUAUUGAUUUUCAGGUGUUUAUAAAUAAAUGUCCGUUUGUAUUUGUAGUAGUGUUCGCGGAUAUAUUAUAGCUUAUAAACUUUGUUACUUCCCAUUCUAUAUGUAUAUUUUAUUAGAUUGUGCACUAAAUAAAUAAGUGUAUUAUAUUUUGGAGUGCAAUCGUGUAGAAUGUAGUUCUUGACACAGCAUUCAACAAAACCAAUGAUACUGCACCCACAGAGUAAGGUUUUCUUAAAUUUGUAGUUAUCUACACAUGGCAUUUUAGUAGCUUUUUUACCGCUUGUUAUAAUACAUAAUAAUAUUUACUUAUAUAUUGAAGAAACGUAAAUUCUGCUGUGCCGAGAACAGGCGCGGAGUUGUGAUUGACUGACGAGUUUUAUUAGAGUAUUCAAUGUUUUAUAUGUAACUAUGGAUGUAAGUGAUUAGGUCUAGAUAGUGUGUAUCCAUUCAGUAAUGCUAUUCAGUCACAAUAAUACUUGCAUUGAUAUUUUAAAUAACAUCGGUAUAUUUUUAUGAGUAACUAAAAGUGUAGAAAUUACGAUGACUAAGAUUCCUAAUCGAUAGUUACUCAUGUAGGAUUUAGUUUUAAUUUUAGACUUUACAGCUUUGCAAAAGUUUACCUACCUAUUUAAAUCCAUACGAACUAAGCUAAUAGUAACCCUUAGACAAUUUUAUUCUGUCAUUUGAUCUAGAAUAUUUUGUGGACGCGAAAGACGUAUUAUAUGCCAGUAUGGUGAUCAUUUAAUACAAUUUAACAACAUU